CCUCUCGUAGUGGCAUUGCAACGCCUCAUAGUUCGACGCGUCUGUUUCGCUGUGGAAUAGCGCUCAACCAAGCGCUCUCCCCCUUCUCGCUUUAGUAUCCGCAACAGCUCGAACAGCAGCAGCGUGGCGUAGCGCUAGUGAGUGCUGGAAUCCAGUGGGUAGAGAUCGAACAGGUGCAAGUGGGUUCUGUCUUCAGCUGGUCGGUUCCAAAGAAGGUCUUAGCAAGAAGCCACCGAGCAACGAGUUUUUCUGUUUCGUGAAUCGAUAUACCUUGCCGCGAGGGCGCGCUAAACGUCUGUAGAGUAGCUCGCAUACGCGAAAACAUGGUGGCAGCGAGGCCACGGUCGGCCUCGACGGACAAACCCUUGUCUCACUCGCGACGCAGCUCAGCCAUGCGACAGUCACGCACCCCCGUCGAGGUUCAAACGACGUCGCCUGGAGUCCCUUCCUCGCGACUGCUUGCGUGCCUCUGCCUCGUCGUCGCCAUGGCGUGCGGCGCGCGGGGACGAACGCCCGUGGUGCCGGCUGAAGGGGGGCGAUACGUCACGGUCGGUAGCACGAGCGAGAAGUUUAACUACGCGUGGAAUCCCAAGGUUAACUACGCGACUUGGGCGACGACGGACGAGAACACGGUGUAUACUGGUGAUGUGCUAGUUUUUAACUACCCCGCCUACUCGGACGAGAUCUACAAGUUCGACGACGAGGCGGCGUUCCAGCGCUGCCAGUUCUGGCGCGCGACGAAGGUGUGCAGCGACACGGACGGCGAGGCGGGGUGCACGGUGCGCGUCGACACGGCCGGGACCGCGCUCUUCGCAUCGGGCAUGAUCGCGCGAUGCACGUGGAAUAGCAGGCUAAACAUCACAGUGGUUCAGCGCGGCACGCCGCGGAACGUCUAUGUCGGAAAGCUCAUGCCGGGCUAUACUUAUCCGUGGAACCCUGCGGUUAACUUCACUGAAUGGGCUGCGACUACAACGAUAUACGUUGGAGAUUCUCUUGUUUUCAAGUAUCCUUCAGGCUUAGACGAGGUGUACAAGGUGCCUACUCAAGCUGACUACGAUUCUUGCGACGUACGAAACUACGAAAUGAUGUGCCGAUCAACGGAUGCUGAAAACGGCUGCAAGAGCGAACCUUUAACCGCGGAUCCGGUGUUCUUCAUUUCUGGGGUGUACUCGAAAUGUGCGGCUGGGAUGAAGGUUACGGUUACAGCUGUAGCACCUCCUAACAACACCGCCACUUGAACAGUGUGAUAGAGAGACCUAUUUAUAAUAACGGGGUAAGGUUAUGAGCCAUAUUAUUGACAAGGAGGAGACUGCCUGCACGGGCGAGUGGGGAGACUAAUCAAGUGGUGGGAAGGCAGAAGUGUGCAACUGAAUGUGAGGUGCUGCUGGCGGCAAUCAGGUGCUGGUGAUUCUUUGCUGCCACUCCCAGUGUCGUUCCUCCCAGACUGCAACAACUACUGUUGCUUGCGAUGGAGGUGCUGGUGCUGGACUGGUGCUGGUGCUCCUCUUGCCUGCCUCAAGAGGAUGGUGUCUAGUAAAUGCUACUCACUAGGGCUUGCAGGAACGGAUGGGAAGGCGGAGAGUGCUCAGGGUCCUUGCAUCGCAAUGCCCUGGAAAGGAGGGGAUGAGGUUAGGCUUAGUUUUGCGCUAGACUUUAUGAAUAGACAGCUAAAUAAUGCCUGUCGACACGACCUAUUCUAUUCAGAACUGUAUUAGGGACUAAUUUAGUGGUCCAUGCUAUCUUGCUAUUGACAUGGUGCACUGCACUGCUUUAAGGG